UAACUAGGAGGAGUGACUGUGAACGGCAUGGCUGCAGUAAACAGCACUAGUUUAUCAAAGUUACAAUCCUUAAAUGGCGUAUUCGCCAUAUAUAAGAAAUCGGGACCCACGUCUGCAGACGUGUUAAACACACUGAAACAAGCGCUGUUAAAAGAGGCUGGUGUAGAUAAAGCAAACCCUCGAAAAAGGAAGAAGCAGGCUAUCAAACUGGGCCAUGGUGGGACUCUGGACAGCGCUGCUUCAGGUGUUCUGGUUGUUGGUAUCGGUGAAGGGACAAAGAUGCUCACCUCCAUGCUUUCUGGAUCGAAGAAAUACACAGCUGUAGGAGAGCUGGGUAAAGCAACCGAUUCCUUUGACGCUACAGGAAGUGUUGUUGAGGAGAAAAGCUAUGAUCACAUAACGAGAGAGGCAUUUGAAGACAAGCUGAAGCAGUUCACUGGUGAAAUCAUGCAGGUGCCCCCUCUGUACUCGGCACUGAAAAAAGAUGGCAAGCGCCUUUCUACCUUGUUGAAAGAAGGUCAUAAAGUGGAAGCUAAGCCGGCACGUCCUGUUACAGUUUACAGCAUCACCUUACAAGACUUUAAUCCCCCACUCUUCACUUUGGAUGUUGAGUGUGGUGGAGGGUUUUAUGUCAGAAGCCUGGUGGAUGAUCUGGGAAAAGCAUUGUCUUCAUGUGCUCAUGUACGGGAGCUGACCCGGACAAAGCAGGGCCAGUUCACUCUACAAGAACAUGUGUUAAGGGAGGAGCGCUGGACCUUCCAGGACAUUUCUGAGGUAUUACAGCCCUGCCCAAAGCCUGCAGCUGUGCAAAAAGCGAGCAAAAAAAGCAAAAGGCAGGACGCCGCCUCCCAGCACGGCUCCGAAUGUGCUGCAAAAGAUCUCCAACACAGCAGAUCUGAUGCCGUUGGUGAAGACCAUAAACACAGCAGCGAUUAAAGAGCACUCUGUUGGUGGGGAGGGGAGUGCAGGAGGCACUAAUUCCGAACAGUUAUGUUCAUUCUGUUGAUUUGUGACUACUCCAUUAAAUGCUUAAUUGAGUUCGUAACAAAUGGCAACAAACAAGUUGUCAUAUAAUCAUGCAGUGAGUAAUGGAGAGAAUCAGCUUCACCACAUCAAAAAGCCCUUGUGAGUUGCACCAGAAUUCCUUAUAGUGGAAUUGUUUUAUAACAAUGUUCUCUUGGCUGCCAUCCUCAUGUUCCAAAAGCACUGAUACUUGUUUUUCUUGAACCUCAGGCAAUUUGUGGUGAGGCUAAACUGCUCUGUUUUUUUUUGUUUUUUUUUUGUAAUGGCCAUACGCCAUUUGGCAUCUUCUUGUGGUUAUGGUGCAAGAGAGGAACUGACAUACUUGCACUGUUUUUCCCCCACUCGAAAAUAAUAAUCUGCCACAGAGGUGCUGACCUUUAAGUUGAACCUCAUUUAUAAUUAAAAGCUGGCCCAGAUGGUAUAUGUUUUAAAUUAUAAAAUAAAAGAAAGUAUUUUGGGGGGAAAGUGCAAGAACUGAAUUUUGUUUUGAUAUAAAACAGAGAAGGAACAUAAACCACAAAAAUGUCAUUUCAAAGCAGACAUCUGCACUCAUAAGCAACUGAAUCCUAGCGAUGUGAGAAUUCUGCUGUUAAUGAGUCGGCAGCUGAAAUGUUGAGCUAAAGGGAAAUUCAGGCUUUAUUUUUGUUUUUUUUUUUGUUUUUUUUUUAAUACUUGUAGUAGCCAAGCCUGAUAUAUUGUUUUACGGAAAGAAUUAACUGAUGUUUAUGUUCAGCAGACCUCUUGGCAUUGGCAGAAAUAAAGCCAAUAAUGAAACAAUAGUGUGUCUUAUAAUUGUGUUUAAUGUUGUAUAGACAGAAAUAAUACAGCACACUAGCGAGUGGUACAAUGUUUAUUCACGUCACAACUGUACUAUUAAGUAAUGCAAUACAAAAGAAUUAUUUAAACUUGUGCCUUAAAUGGUCUUGAGGAAGAAAAAAAAACAGACAAAAAUACAACAUAAGCAUCAAAAGGUGCGGGCUGUAAUUUUCCAUUACUUACAUUUUUUAAGGGUUUGUAGUAUGUUAAGACAUCGUGAGUUUUAAUUUGCAGUGACUAAAUUAAAGACCUAAUUAACAAACAAAAGUCUGUUUAAUUUAGUCAUAUAAAGUGAUUAGACAUAUAAAAUGAUGUUAGUCGUACUGGCUAGCUUCUUAUCAGUAUUCAUAUUUUUAUUUUUA